AUGAAGCUGCUCCUCCCUGCCCUCCUUCUAGCGCUUAGUGUGCACGCCGUCAAGCGCGAAGACUUCAAGGAAUGCGGUCAAACGUCCUUCUGCCGCCGUCUCCGCCCGCUCUCAACCAAGUCUGAAUCUACCGAUUUUGCCUCACCAUACUCGCUCGGCGCCCCGUCUCGGGCGUCAGCGAGUCAGAUCGGCGUACCCGCCAAGGAUGCGGCGUGGAGUUUCCCCCUCUCCUCCACCAUGUACCCCGACGUGGCGUUCGAGCUGCGCGUCGACAUCCUCGAGGGCGACAUCGCUCGUGUGCGCGUCGACGAGGUCGGCUCGGUCUCCCCGUGGCGCCGGUACAACGAGACGGCGAAGUGGGCGCUUCUGAAUGCGGAACCGGCUCACGGGGCUGCCGAGAUCACCACGAAGAACAGCGUCACCUCCAUCAGGUAUGGCCAAGACCUGACACUGCGGAUCAACCACGCGCCCCUGCGCAUUGCGAUGGUGCGCGGCGGCAAUGAGGAGAUCGUGUUCAACGACCGCGGGCUGUUCCACAUGGAGCACUUCCGGGCUAAGGAAAUGCCUGUCGAGGAGGAGGUGGUUGAGACCGAGGGCGAAGAGGUCAAGACUGAGGAGGGCCAAGUUGUGGAGGGGGCCGAGAUUAAGACGGAGCCUGAGGAUCAGCAGCCGUUCGAGGCCACGAUCGACCGCUCGUGGUUUGAGACCGAGGAUGGCGACAUGUUCGAGGAGCAGUGGAAGCGGUGGCGCGACUCCAAGCCGAAGGGCCCCGAGGCGUUCUCGCUCGACAUCUCCUUCCCGUUCGCUAAGCACGUCUUUGGUCUGCCCGAGCACGCGUCCCCGCUCUCUCUUCCCGACACUAUCGGCGAAGGCAGCUACUACACCGAACCGUACCGCCUCUGGAAUGUCGACAUCUUCGAGUACGUGGCCGACAGCCCGAUGGCACUGUACGGCGCUGUGCCCCUCCUCCAUGCUCACAGCGCGCGUGGGACAGUGGGCGUCCUCAACCUCGUGGCGUCAGAGACCUGGGUAGACGUCGCGCACACUAAGGGCGUGCAGACGCACUGGAUCUCCGAGAGUGGUAUCAUGGACCUGCUUCUUCUUCCUGGCCCCAACCCUACCUCUCUCUUCGAGCAGUACGCUGCCCUCACUGGACCAGCGCAGAUGCCGCCCCAGUUCGCGACAGCGUACCACCAGUGCCGCUGGAACUACAACACGCAGGGCGAGGUCAUCGAGGUCCAAGACCGUUUUGAGGAGGCAGACAUGCCCCUCGAUGUCACGUGGCUCGACAUUGAGUACGCCGACGAGCACCGCUACUUUGACUGGAACAAGAAGAUGUUCCCUGACCCCAUCGCAAUGAUCAACCAGGUUGCCAAGCUCGGGCGUAAGAUGGUCGCCAUUGUCGACCCGCACAUCAAGCGCACGGACUCGUUCCGGGUGUACAAGGACUCGCUCGACCUCGACAUCCUCAUCAAGAAAGCGGACGGAAACAACUUUGAUGGCUGGUGCUGGCCCGGCUCGUCGGUGUGGGUCGACUUCUUCAACCCCAAGUCGUGGGAGUGGUGGACGCGCAUGUUCUCGUUCGACACGUGGGCCGACCAGACCAAGAACCUCUUCGUGUGGAACGACAUGAACGAGCCCUCGGUCUUUGAUGGCCCCGAAAUCACCAUGCCCAAGGACAAUAUCCACGACGGGGGAUGGGAGCAUCGUGACGUGCACAACAUCAACGGCAUGCUAUUCCACAACCAGACGCAGCACGCCAUCUCGGUCCGCGAACCAACCAAGAAACGUCCUUUCGUCCUCUCGCGCGCCUACUUUGCAGGCAGCCACCGGUUCGGUGCGAUCUGGACCGGCGACAACCUCGGUACGUGGGAGCACAUGGCUGGCGAGGCGGCCAUGUUCCUCUCCAACUCGAUUGCGGGAAUGAGCUUUGUCGGUUCGGACAUUGGCGGAUUCUUCGGCAACCCCGGCGACGAGAUGCUCGUCCGCUGGUACCAGAAGGGCGCCUUUAUGCCCUUCAUGCGGGCGCACGCGCAUAUCGACACGAAGCGCCGUGAGCCGUAUCUCUCGGAAGAGCCGAUUCGCUCAUACCUCCGCGACGCCCUGCGUCUACGCUACACCCUCCUUCCGGCAUGGUACAAUGCAUUCCACGACGCCGCGACAAAGGGCCAUCCCGUCAUUUGGCCGCAUUACGCCAAGUAUCCCGGCGACGAGACCGGCGCCGCCGUCGAUAACCAGUACUACAUCGGCGACUCGGGUCUGCUCUUCCGUCCCGUAGUGGUUGAAGGAGCGACUAGUGCGGACGUGUACCUGGCCGCCGGCGAGCCGUACUACGACUACUUUAGUUCGCGCAUGUUCCCAGCCCGCAUGAAACCGCGCAACGUGACGAUCGACACGCCGCUGGACAAGUUCCCACUCUUGAUUGAGGGUGGACACAUCUUCCCCUCGCGCGAGCGUGUGCGUCGAUCUAGCGCGCUCAUGAGCAAUGAUCCAUUCACGCUUACCGUUGCGUUGGGUCGUAACCAGAACGCAGAGGGGCAGCUGUACCUCGACGACGGGGAGACGUUUGCCUGGGAGAGCGGGGCGUUUGUGCACCGCGGCCUCGAGUUCAAGGAUGGCAAGCUUAGGAGUGCCCCGAAGGUCUCGUAUGACGCUGGGAAUGCGUACGCCCAGAGUAUCUCCAAUGUCGGGGUUGAGCGUGUGCGCGUGCUCGGUCUGAAUAAGGAGCCGAAGAGCGUCACGGUCGCUGGGGAGGAGGUGCAGUUCGAAUGGGACAAGGGCGCGCCUAGCGCAAAGGAGCCACGCGCGGCUGUGCUCACGAUCAAGAACCCGGGCGUCAAGGUCGUCGAUGACUGGGAGAUUGUGAUUGCUUAG